UUACGAUUCGUCGUGAGAGAUUGUCGGUUUUUGUCGUGAUCGUCGAAUUCAAAAAGAAUUUCGAAAAGAUUCAAAAAAACAUUAUAUUCGCUAAGAACUGAAAACCCUAAAGGCUGAUUAGGUAAUAAUUCAUUAUUGCCUAGUGGUUAAGGCUUCAACAAUUUUUCAUUUGAAGCUCGAGCCAGCCUCGUGAAUGAUCUUGAAGAACCUCAUAUCAAGAACUCAUACACUUGUAAUAGAGCUGUGGAGUCAAAAAGAAGUCAUCGAACUUCUAUACACAUUCUUUGAAAACCAAAGCCGUAAUAACGCGCACUCAAAAGUCAUCAUGGCGAACAAGCAGGGAAAGAUGGUGAGUUUAAUACCCCUUCUCAAAACCAUUAAAAGCUUGUGUUGACAUUAUAGGCUGACUUUGACUCUUUCUACAGGCCGGUCUCGUAUGUAAUAUCCAUCAAUUCAGCUAUUACAGCUCUGCGCGAUCAAUUCGAAUGUAAAUACGGACUGACAGGGUUAUAGAUCAAUUACCGGAUGAGAGUGACUAUGAAUGAUGGACGUCAAAUGGUUGGACAGAUGUUAGCAUUUGAUAAGGUACGAUACUUAAGCAAGAACUACAAUGGCUUUGACUAACUUUUAAAUAGCACAUGAACCUCGUUCUCGCCGAUACAGAAGAAUUCAGACGCGUCAAGCGCAAGGCACCAAAAGCCACAACUGCUCCUGGAGCUAGUUCUGCUGCACCACCUCUCGUCGAAACGGAAGAAAAGCGUACAUUAGGUCUUACAAUUAUUCGAGGCACACAUGUUAUUUCUCUAUCUGUCGAAUCACCUCCACCAGCAGAUCCAAGUGCUCGUUUAGGUGCUAGUGUUCCAGGUGGUGCUGUACCAUCAGCUGCGAUGGCUGCAGGAACAGGAAUUGCAAGACCAGCUGCUGGAAGAGGUGGGUUAGCUGGUCCGGCUGUUGGAAUUGGUGGCUUUCCGGGCAUGCCAGCUCCUCCACCAUUUGGAAGAGGUGCACCACCUCCAGGAUUUGGUGGUGGAUUCCCUCCUCCAGGUUUCCCAGGUCCACCAGGUGGUUUUGCUCCACCUCGCAGGUAAAUGUUAAAGAUAAUGGCUUUCGCGAUCAUGUCAAAUCAAAUCUUAAAGGAUAUUCUCAGAGGAGCUUCUUGCAUAUAAUCUGAUGAAGAGCCAAGGACACAUUGGACGUGACGAUCGAUGAAGGAAUGGAAGAUGAUAGAUCCAAAGGAAACUUAUGGACACGCAGAUAGGGGCGAUGCAAAGAAGGUUAUAUUCAAUCAGAAUAAAGGCGUUGAGGGGUGGUUUUGACUUCACAUACCAAAAUUCGCAAAUUUGUAGCAUAAAAGCAAGCAAGUAAAGCGACAACGCUAAUUGAAUCCUAUA